AUGGUAGGGAAUGAGGGAAGAAAAGGGAAGGAAAGGGGGGAGGGGAAGGGAACGGAAGGAAAGGGAAAGGAGGGAAGGGAAGAGAUACAGGGAAGAAGGGAAUGGAAUGGAAGAAGGGAAGGGAAGGGAAGUGAAGAAUGGAAGAAAAGGUAAGGGAAGAAGGAAAGAAGGGAAGGAAAGGAAGGGAAGGGAAAAAGGGAAGGAAAAAAGGAAAGGGAAGGGAAAGGAUGCAGGGAAGAAGGGAAGGGAAUGGACGAAGGGAAGGGAAGAAAGAAUGGAUGAGAAGGUAAGGGAAGAAGAGAAUGGAAGGGAAGGGAAGAAGGGAAGGGAAGGGAUGGAGGGAAGGGAAAGGAAGGGAAUGGAAAGGAAAAAAGAAAGGGAAUAAGGGAAAAAAAGAAGGAGGGAGGGAAAGGGAAGAAGGGAAUAAGCGAAGGGAAGAUGGGAAGGGAAGAGGGAAAGGAAGAAGGAGGGAAGGGAAGGGAAGGAGGGAAGGAAGCGCUGUCUCCUGGGCCUGGACACCUGUCCACCGCUGCCGCCUGCCGGAGAGCGUCCCUGGAGCCGGGGCGCACGCACUCAGGCUACCGGGUCAACGACUUCACGGUUCCAGGCCCUGCCCACAGGGGCUCCAACGAGCGGUGCUCCGUGGAGUCCCCGCGACAACUGGGCCCGCAGAGCCCCGCCAGGCCCCUCCCCGCCGGCGCCGGUACGGACGCGGGAGCGGUCGCACCUGGGCCUGCAGCGCGGCGGGAGCACACGCCCUGCGUCCGGCCGUCCGCGCGGCGCUGGACCCUGUCUCACUUGCGUCGCACGCGUGAACCCUGCGGUCCCCGGCCCGCUCCUGCGAGCUGGAACCGAGCGAGUCCCGCACCAGGCCGCCGGCAGGGGUGGUCGGAGAAACGACGCCAGCGGCUCGAGCCCGAGGGCCCGGACACCCGCGCGCCCACAUGGAUUCCACGACACCUGCAGCAUCGACCUUUCCGCCGGAUGGCCGGACGGGAGAAGGGUCACUCUGAAGACCAUCGCCCUCCGCCAGCCGCGAUGGCUUCUCUGUGGCAGAGGCGCGCGCCUGCGCAGGUGUCCCCGCGAGGCUGGCACAAGCCCUUCCAGCACGAGCCCCGGCGGAGCAGACCCGGCCGGCACCCCGCACCCCGGCACCCCGCACCCCGGCACCCCGCACCCUCAGCCUGCCCUGAGUGCUGA